GUUUCUAUUCAGCAACAGGAAAAGACUGAGUGAGGAAAUCAUUUCCUGCAACACCUUCUCAAUCGACUCAACAGUAAAAGUGCAGCUAAAGCUGUGAACAGAAAUUCAAAGAGCGUUGUAUCUAAUGAACACCAUGAGCAGCACACCAAGGACUUUGCUGAAAGAGAAGCUCGAUCAGCUUCAAUGUCACUUCACGUGGGGCCCACAGAAGGAGACCAUUGACCUUGAUGAUAUGGUGUACAGAUUACAAGAUUCAAUCAAUAUCGCUGUCAAAUAUCAAGCCGCAUCCUACAACCAACUCGCUUUUGUAAACUGCCUGCAAGGCAACAGUGAGGAAGCCAUUCAAAACUUAAAGGAGGCUGAAAAGAUUCUGAGGGAGAACCACAAAGAUGCAUUUGAAAGAAACAGCAUCAUCACCUAUGGAAACUAUGCCUGGGUGCAUUACCACAUGGGACAACUGGCCAAGGCCCAGUCCUACCUCGACAAGCUGGAGAUGAUCUGUAAACCGCUCACUGAUGGUCCUCGCUAUACAGCAAUGAUACCUGAAGUGUAUGGGGAGAAGGGAUGGUCAUUGUUGAGUUAUGCUGCUCCAUACUAUGAGGAGGCAAAGAAAUGUUUUGAGAAAGCUCUGGAGAAAGAUCCUGACAAUACAGAGUGGAACAUGGGCAAAGCAACUGUUUUGUCCCGUCUGGAAGCAUUUUCUGGAACCCAAGAGAAUCAUGAACGGAAUCAGUCAGUGAAGUAUCUGCGGCGUGUACUGGAGCUAGAUCCAGAUGAUUCAAUGGCCAUGGUGCUGCUGGCUCUGAAACUAAGAGAGUUCAAGCAAAAAGAGGAUGCAUAUAAAUUAAUUGAACAAGCGUUGCAGAAAACCCCUGAUUUUCCUUAUGUGCUUCGUUAUGCAGCAAAAUUUUACAGAAAAGAAGGAGUUUUAGAGAAAUCUGUCCAGCUGCUGAAGAAAGGAUUAGAAAUAACUCCAAAUUCUGCCUUUUUGCAUGACCAAAUUGCAAUGUGUUACAGAACCAAACUACUUGAACUGAUCGACAAUCGUCAUAGCAAAAACCCUCGCAAUCCUGAAUUUAAACAAAAAACACAGUUGUUCAGUCAAUGCAAGUAUCAUUUUGGAAAGGCAUUUAAACACCGUCCAAGGACAUCAAUUAAAUCACAACUGGAUUUCGCAGACAUUUGUGUAAAAAAUGGAGAGAAUUCUAAUGCAAAGGAGAUUUACAGUGAACUGCUGAAAUUAGAAGACAUUCGUCCAGAAAACUUACAGGUAAUAUGUUUCAGGGCUGGGUGCUUUGAACAAUACCAGAGAAGAUCUGAAUCCAAUUCGAUGAGCCUAUUCAAGAAAGGACUGAAGGUUGAAUAUGACUCAAAAGAACGGAAAAAGUGCUAUGAAAAAUUGGAGAAGUGGGCAGAUGGGAAAUUGUGCAAGGAUCAAUGUGACAGCACGGCCCUUGGUGUCAAAGGGUUACUGCAUCAGAUGGAUGGAGACAAGUCGAAAGCUAUUGAAUACUUUCAGAAGGCCUUGGAGAUUGAUCACAAUAAUGAAGAAUAUCUGAGUGCUCUUUGUGAAUUACGCCUUUCCAUUGAGGAACAUUAGGGGCAGUACAGUGGAGAAGCGGUAGAGCUGCUGCCUAUCUGUGGAGUUUGCACAUUUCCCUGUGAUUGCAUGGAUUUUCUCCGGUUGCUCCGAUUUCCUCCCACAUUCCAAAGAUUGGCAGGUUUGUAGGUAAUUGGCUUCUGUAAAUUGUCUCUAUUGGGUAGGAUGCAAAACUGGGUUAACGUGGAAUUUGUUUACGGUGAUUGAUGGUCCGUGUGGGUCAAAGGGCCUGUUUCCAUGCAUGGUCUCUGAACUAAACAAACCUAAACCAAGCAUAUUGAUUCUUCAAAGAUACAUUCCUUAUAUUGUCCAAGGACAAUGCGGUUUCAGUUCAUGCAUUCUGCCAACACUGUCAUCAAUGUGGCUCUUACUCAUGAAAAUGUGAUUUUCAAAGCAUAAUUUGUAAUAAUCUUUGGCAAUCCUCAUACUUCAUUGAAGAAACAGAUAUAACUAGAAACAAAGGAGGGAUUGGGGGAGUUAAGUUAAAUGGAACCAACUCAGAAAAACUCCUUAUACCUCAUAAGGAGUCUUCACCACCAUCUCGACUUAAGCUGCCACUUUCAGUAAGCUAUGAACUUGGACUCCCAAGAUCCCUCUGCACAUCAAUGCUGUAAGGGUUUUGCCAUUAUCUGUAUACUCCUCUUAUCAUCCUUCCAAAGUUCAGCACCUCACACUUGAUCGGAUUCAAUUCCACCUGCCAUUUCUCCGCCCGUUUCUGGAAUUGAUCUAUACCCGCUCUUUCUUCUGACGGCCCUUUGCUCUGUCUGCAACUCCUCCAAUGCUGGUGUUGUCGGUAUAUGUGUGUGUAUGCAUGUGUGUGUGUGUAUAUGUAUGUAUAUGUAGACACAAAAUGCUGGAGUAACUCAGCAGUUCAGGCAGCAUCUCUGGAGGAAAGGAAUAGGUGGCGUUUCGUAUUGAGACCCUUACACACAAACACAGGGGUCCCUGCGGAACUGUACCGCUCACAGAUCUCUAGCCUGAAAAUCUUCCUUUCACCACAACCCUCUGUCUUCUACGAAUAAGCCAGUUCUGCAUUCAUACAACCGAAUCAAUUCCGGUGGCGCCAUGGAUAAGUAAGAGGCGCUCCUUUUAGCUCCGCUCCGAAAAACACGUUAAAACCCGUUAAAAUACCUGAAAAGAAAAACGGACCGAAUGAAAAACACCUGGAUGCCCGACGUCGCAUGAGUGACGUCAUCAGAAAACGACGCAUAACACAUACCCGACUGGAUACCGGUAUUUUAAAUGAGUAAACGGUUUCUGCCUUCUCAACCCCAGACCAGACAAAGAACCCGACUGCAGGCUCUGCAAGACAAAGAAACUUCUGGAGAAUCUUCUGGAGAAUCUGAGGAAGAAGGACUUAUUUCUACCAUGGAAAAGAAAAUACAAGAACAAGAACAAACUUUAAGACGGGCUAUGGCAAAAGACUUUGGAGAAAUUCUGACUGAAAAGCUUGGAAAGCUA